AUGUCCAAACAUCGUGAAACAACUCCGUGCCGUGACUUAAAAGUCCGCGUCUCCAGAUCAAACCAGAAAAGAAGCGAAACCUUUGUGACAACUUCAGCGACCCCUUCGUCACUGUUUCCCCUCCUGGGACAACACUUGCCCCUUGUUACAGAUGGACACGGUUCUUCUGACACGGCCAAGCUCAUUCUCCAUAGUAACAGCACAUCACUGCCCAAGUUGAAGGCCCCCAAAAGAAGUGACAAUCCGUCAACAACAUAUCAAGUCGCAUCGAGAUUCGAACCCCGAACUCCCUUCCCCCCCGAUCCGACACUUCCGACAAGCGACGUCCCGUCUCCCCUCCCGCCCCCUCCUAUGUUUAUGCCUCCCACCUAUGUUUCCCCAAACCUCAUCGUCAUGGCCGGCCGUACGGAACGCCGAUCGACUGGAGAUCGUCCAACGGCGCCAGAUGAGAAUUCCCUUCACUGAGAUCCCCUUGCAACCCCCGGAACCCGGAAUUGAGCCACACAGCUCCCUAGUCAUUUAACGACCGGUCAAUCGUCAUUCAUCUAUUGCCUCGCCGCCGCCAGGUCUGUGUCGGUCCUUCAAAUCGGAGUUUCUUCCCCCCCCUGUCUCCCCGUCUACUGUUAGAACACUGGACGGAAGUUUGAAGCUGCAGCUACGUCGCCCCUCUUUCGCAU